CAAUACCAGGGUUGGCUGCUCUACAACCAGCUGUUUGCCGGCAUAACAAACGCAUACCUUGUAGAAUAUUCGUGAACAUUCUGUGUUAGUGUUAGAAUUGAAAUGAAAUGAAUAAUCAACGCAAUGGAAGAUAGCAACGAAGAGAUUGAACCCUGUCGCAGCAUUGGGCCGCACGAGCUUGAGGCAGUGAAAAGCCAAGCAAUUAUAAAGCUUUCGCCGGUUCAAGUGCCUGCGCAUUUCAAGCGUCUGGAAUGCAACACCAACCUGAAUCUGCCGCCCCUCAACUGGCUGACCACCUCACACAGCAGCCAUGGUCUGCAUCAGGCGUUAUAUCAGAACGCAGGAUUUGCCAGCUUUCGUCUGGGCCAAAUGUUUCCUGAUUGUGUUGGGGAGGUGGAUGUCGUAUCGGAUGCGGAGAACAUUAAACAGCUACUGAAACUGCCGUACAGUGCUAAAAGUGCCAUCAGUAUGGUUGUCCACAAGGUGGGCAACACUCUGUUACUGGACGAGUUUGAUAUCCAAAAGUAUUUAUUGCGCAAGGCAGAUGAUGAUUGGAAAUGGUUGCGCACCUUUAUAUUGGAGCACAUCUUGGCCUAUGGCGAUGAGCAGCAUAAUUUCUGCCUGAAGGAACGUUCACGCGAGGCGCUGCAAUCAAAGAACUUGCUGUCCAAGUUUCUAUAUCACAGUCUAAAGCAGACGGGCUACACGGAUUACGAUGGACCAACGCAAUUGACCAAUAGACGCGCUAGUCUACCAAUCAUUGGACCUGUUUUACCAGAACCAAAGAUCGAUGAGAAUGUGCCCGAUCCCAAGUCGAGUCAUGCCUUCAAUCGCAACGUCGUGUGGACUUUUGAGGACAUACGCAUGCUUAUUGGAACCGAUAUGCCCAUCUUUGGUGGCCCAAACAGGCCCUGCAUCAGCCUGCGACUUCGGGACGCCGCUCAGCCUAUCAAUGUGUUGACUGGCAUUGAUUAUUGGCUGGACAACCUCAUGUGCAAUGUACCCGAGGUGGUCAUGUGCUACCAUCUGGAUGGCAUUGUGCAGAAAUAUGAGAUUAUCAAGACUGAGGAUUUGCCCUAUCUGGAGAAUUCACAAUUCUCACCAAAGGUGGUUCGGAAUGUGGCACAGAAUAUCUUGGCCUUUCUCAAAGCGAAUGCAACCAAGGCGGGUCAUACUUAUUGGCUGUUUAAGGGACGCAAUGAUGAUGUUGUCAAAUUGUAUGAUCUAACUACGCUCUGCCAGAGCCAGAAUAAAGCAACCGAGAAGGCGGAGCGUCCCCAACAGCAGCAGCAGCAGCAAAUGAAUCCCUUCACUGUGCCUGUGGGAAUGUUGCUUUAUUCCGUGGCACGCAACAUGAAGAACACGCUGGAGCAUAUUACUCCCAAGACGGCUGGCAAUAUACGCGCACUGCUGGACAACUGCAUCAAAUUGUUGCCCAAAGAGCAAUAUCCACAAAUUGUGAGCUCCUCACAUUAUAUACUUUCUGAUUUGCAUAUUCCGGCGGGGAUUGAUCCAAAGGCGCCUAAAUUCAAUGAUCCUCAGUCGUUGUUUGACGACGACGAAGAGGAGGAAGAUGACGAGGAGAGCUAUGAUGACGAACUCCUUGACUUUGGGCAGGACAAGUACUAUCAGAGUGCGGCACAAAGCGGUGGCAAGGCCAAUGUUGCUGUGCGGCACAUUUGUGAUGCUCUGCGGGAUUUCAAGUCACACGCAAAACCUUCCAAACCAGCUCCCUUAAUCGCUGACACUGUGGAACGCUGCAACAUUUCACUGCAGCACAUUAGCGCCGGCAUCUCCUGCCUGCAAUACUUUAAUGGCAAUCAAGAGGAGAAGCUCAAGGAGUCGGAAAUGCACGCCAAGCAAGAGGAGAAGCAACGAAUUCUGCAUGAGGAACAGAAUCCCAACAUGGCGAAGCCCUUUAAUGCCAUACCACUGCCAUAUGAGCAGCUCAAGCUUGUCGAGCCGUCAUCUACGUCUUCGACUCAGUCUCAAGCACAGCCCCAAAAGAAACGCUCCAUUAAGAACAAGAGCAAACGUAGCAAGUCAAAGGAACUGGCCACAACUAGCAGCACCAAACCUGCAGCUGUCAGCAAUCAUCAACUCAGCGCCAAGUUUAAUACACAAAACUUCGGUUCCUGGAAUGUGCAUCUGAAGCUUCUGCUGCUGGAGAAAGCUUGCCUGACUUAUGCCACGCUAGCGGAGCAUCAUUAUGAGACCCAGAGCUAUGGAAGCACUCUGCAGGCCAUUGAACUGGCCUGUCGCUGCCAACAGGUGCUCAACAAGUAUAUGGCGAAUGUGGUGUCCCAACAGAGCUGUCUGCUGGGACGCGCCGGUGACUGUUUCUUUCAAAUGUCGAAGCAUUGGAACGCCAUCGAGGAGUAUGUGCAGCAAUAUGAGCAGCUGGAUGAGUCAACGCGUCUAAUUUCCCUUGAGCUGACACAGGAACUGGAGGAAACAGAGCUGCUGAGUCUUGCCCCUGUUAAGAAUGUGGAGCAAGUGAUGCUGCAUAGUUGCAAAUGCUAUGAAGAGGCGCUGGAAGAUGCCCAGAGCACGGAGAGCAAUGAGCUGCUGCGUCGCUUAGGCAAUGUACGCAAUGAAUUGGGCCUCAAGUACAUGUACUCUGCGCAGGAGGAAUAUAGUCUAAUGAAACGCAAGGCUGAAAAUGCUCAAGGGACUGAAGAAACAACAAAUGAUGAUGAGAAAUCUAAAACGGAGCCACUCUAUGUCAAAUUGACUGUUAAUUCUUAUGACUGCCUGCGUCGUGGCAUUGAGGCUUUCACGGCAGUGCAGGAUAAUGUCAACCUGGCAUUUCUUUACUGCAACAUGGGCAGAUUUAUGAGACUGCGUGCUCAUCUUACCAUGCCCAAUGAGAGUACCAUUACCCUGGACGCACAGAAAACGUUUUACAACGAGGCCUUUAAUUAUUAUGAGAAGGCCAAAGACUGCCUGGAUACACGCAAAGCGAAUGCGGAGCUCUGGGAUCUGGUGCAGUGGGAGCUAUCGACAGCCACGUUUACGCUUGCCAAGCAAUUGCAGGACUUUAGUGUGGCCGAUAACAACAGCCUGGCCGAGGCCUCCAAGGAGGUGCUCGAAUUGCUGCAAAAGUCGCUGCGUCUAUGCGAUGUGGAGCAUGCAGGGGCACGACAGGUGCUCUACAGCUUUCGAUCGGGUUUGAUACACAAGCGCAUUGCCUCCUUUCACUAUGCUCAGCUGCGUGGUUAUGGCGUUUGCGAGUUGUCCCAGCUGCCAAAAGCAACGUUGCAACUGUGCAAAUAUCACUACGAGAAGGCGACGCAGAUAUUGGAGAGUCUCAAGGAGGUGCGGGACUUGAUGGUCGUGCAACUGGAGCGCAUCUCAUUGCACGAGUUCCUAGCUGAAGUUUCCACUCACGCUGCACAGAAGGUAAAACAAAUGCAACUGGCUUUAGACAUUUGCUUGCAAUGCCAGCUUAUUUUUGACCACGUCAUCGAUACUAACAGCAGCGUUCAAAUUGACGAUGACGAGUUCAAAUCACAUUUGACGCUCUUCGAGAGCCGCUUGCAGAAUGCGCUUAAAACGCUCAUCAAAUUGCUGUUAACAACCGGCAAGGAUCCAAAACAGCUGUCGGCACUGUACAAGCGCAUGUAUAUGGAAACCUUGACUGGGAAACAUGGCAUAGGCGCUCAGCAAUCAUCGACAGCGUCAAUAUCGCGCUCACACCAUUUGCACACGCUGCUAACCCGGCUGAAAGCCAUGUGCGGCGCUCAGCCAAGCAGCGACUAGUCAAGUAGAGCUCUCUGUACGUGUCGUCUACGAGUUUAUAAAAAUUGGUUCAGUUCAAAUUUAA